ACAACAUCACUCAAACACUCCCAACGCAAGCAUACCGCACCAUGAGUCAAAGGAACCCCUUCAACCGCGGUGGCAACCAGAAACCGGCGUCGGUGCAGGACCAGCCUUGCGGCAACUCAAGCCAGCAGCAGCGCCCGCAGGAUAACCUUUCUGACCUGGCCAGAGGCAUGUCAGGUCUGGGUGUGACGACAACUCAGACGAUGGACGACGCAAUCUUUGGCAUCAAAGAGGAGCUCAGCGGUAUCAGGGCACAACUGCAGUCAGAUGAACGAAUGCAGAUGCAAACCAAGAAGGCAAAGGGCAUAUGCCGGAAUGCGGCCAGGAAAGAAGUCCAGGACCAGAAUGCACAUGUCAUGCAAUCUAUAGAGGAGAUGCGCUCCAGGAUUGAUGGGUUGACGAACAUGGUCAGUGGAUGGAUUAACACCACGCAGGCCAACAUUUCCUCUCCUUCUCAGGAAGGUGAUGGUGGCAGCAACCAGUGAGCGGCCGCCGACUGGACGGACCUUGUAUUGGUGUUAGGGGUUGACGCUUGUAUGAGUUGUCGAAAUCAGGAAGGUACAUGGAUUUCUGUUUGAUAGAAUGGGUGGAGUUCUUUGUCGUUUUUGGGAGGAUUUUUCGAUAGAGG